AUGGGAACCACAGAAGCAACUUUACGAAUGGAAAACAUGGAAGUGAAAGAUGAGUGGCAAGAUGAAGACUUCCCCAGACUUCUACCUGAGUACGGGGACAUGGACUCCUCUUGUGGCCUCACAGACAACAGAUCACCUCCCAAUUCCCUAAAUGUGAGCCCACCUGGAGGAGGCGCUGCAGUGUCUUCCUCGCGUCGAACACGUCGUACAUUGGUUGCCCCGGAGAUGAACCUGUCCUUGGAUAAAAGCGAGGGAUCUCUGCUGUCAGAUGACUUGCUGGACACACCCGAUGACUUGGACAUCAAUGUGGACGACAUCGAUACACCAGAUGAGACUGAUUCGCUGGAGUUCAUCACUAAUGGCAACGACCUGGAGUGGGAAGAUGACACUCCAGUGGCCUCAGCCAAAGCAGGUCCAACUGGUGGUUCGGGAGACUUGGAGGAAGAGGGAAAUGCCAACAAUGGACGUCUCUGGAGGACGGUGAUCAUUGGAGAACAAGAACACAGGAUUGACAUGCAGAUCAUCCGGCCCUAUCAAAGAGUCAUCACCCAUGGAGGUUAUUUUGGGGAGGGCCUGAAUGCCAUCAUUGUAUUCUCUGCAUGCUACCUGCCUGACAGUAGUAUUCCAGAAUACCACUACAUUAUGGAAAACCUCUUCCUGUAUGUGGUGAGUAGUCUUGAGAUGCUUGUGGCUGAAGAUUACCUGAUCAUCUACAUGAAUGGAGCUACACCCAGGAGUAAAAUGCCUGGAAUUAGCUGGCUAAAGAAAUGCUACCAGAUGAUUGACAGAAGGUUGAGGAAGAACUUGAAAUCUCUGGUCAUUGCUCAUCCUACCUGGUUCAUUCGCACUGUACUGGCUAUCUCCAGGCCCUUUAUCAGUGUGAAGUUCAUGAAUAAGAUCCAGUAUGUUCACAGCCUGGAUGAACUUGCCCAAAUGGUACCCAUGGAGCAUGUACAUGUCCCGGAAUGUGUUGUGCAGUUUGACGAGGAGAGAAUUAAAGCCCGACGGGAAAGAAUGGAGCAAGAGCAGAGACAGCAACAGUCCGUCCCUCAGUCAGAGAGGCCAAAGUCAAUGAUUGUAGAACAAGGAUUAUAA